AUGGCUGCGAUUGGAACGUCUCCUAGGGGAGUAUCCCCGGUGAGUCCGGCCUCUUCGACAGGUCAGAUUCCAUUGGAGCGACCCCCUAAACUCAAAGGGCGGCACAAAUUGCUGCAAAGUCUCCAGCGUAUCUCGUCUUCCCCAAGCUUGACUCGCCGCGGUCGCUCGGCCUCCACGGGCUACCGCCGCGACGGAAAAGCCUCUUUAUCCUGCGUCUCUCUCUCCCAAUCGUCAUACACCCCUUGCCUCGGCAAUGGAAGCUCCUCUCAACUCUAUGGUGGACUAAAUGUCCGCCCCAUGACUUCUGGUCAGUCUGCCGGCCAGUAUGAGACUCCCGAUGGCAAUGCCCGACUCCGCCUCGUGGGAUCCGACUCUCCGAACGGGACCCAGUACAGGACAGUCCCUUUGCCGACGGACAUGAGACCGGCAUCCCGCCGCGGGUCUCCCUUAAGUUGUGAUGCCCUGGAUGUCUCUUCGUCGCCGACCCGCAAGCCGAAGAAGCCAUUCGACUUCUGGGGAAGUCUGCCGGAGGAACUCCGAAUGCUCAUCUUCCAGUAUCUAACUCCGAAAGAAAUUGUUCGCUGCUCUGCCGUCUCCAAAGCCUGGAACAAAAUGUGCUACGACGGGCAGCUGUGGUCCAAGGUGGACACGACCGACUACUAUCGCGACAUCCCCAGCGAGGGCCUGGUGAAGUUGAUCGCUGCCGGCGGCCCGUUUGUGCGAGACCUCAACCUCCGAGGCUGUAUCCAAUUGCGAGACAAGUGGCAGUCCGAGGGCGAGCGUAUCACCGACCUGUGUCGCAACGUUGUCAAUUUCUCGCUCGAGGGAUGUCGCAUUGAUAAGACCUCUAUUCACUACUUCCUGUUACGGAAUCCUCGCCUCGAGUACAUCAACCUCUCCGGCUUGGCGGGCGUGACCAACUCGGCCAUGAAGAUCAUCGCCCAGUCCUGUCCGCAACUCGAGAUCCUGAACGUGUCUUGGUGUACGAGUGUGGAUACUACCGGCCUGAAGAGGGUCGUGAAGGCCUGCCCCAAGCUGAAGGAUCUUCGAGCUAGCGAAAUCCGCGGGUUCGACGACACGGACUUUGCGAUGGUAUUGUUCGAGCGCAAUACCCUGGAGCGUCUAAUCAUGAGCCGCUCGGACUUGACAGACGACUUCUUGAAGACUCUUGUUUAUGGCCUCGACCCAGAAAUGGACCUGCUCCUCGAAAGACCCGUCGUACCUCCCCGUCGCUUCAAGCACCUCGAUAUCCACCAGUGCCCGGAAUUAACGGAUGAUGGCGUCAAGGCUCUUGCCUUCAACAUCCCCGAUAUCGAGGGUCUCCAGCUUUCUCAGUGCCCCGAGCUAAGCGACGAGUCUAUUAUGGCUGUUGUGCAAACCACGCCCCGUCUGACCCACAUCGAACUCGAAGACCUGGAGAGGAUCACGAACAAUUCUCUCAUUGAACUCGCCAAGUCGCCUUGUGCCCCGCUUCUUGAACACCUCAACAUCAGUUAUUGCGAGAGCCUGGGAGAUAUCGGCAUGCUUCCAAUCGUCAAGAGUUGCCCCUCUCUUCGCACGGUGGAAAUGGACAACACUCGAGUCUCGGAUCUUACCCUGAUGGAAGCCAGCUAUCGUGUCCGGAAACGUGGCUACGACGAGAACCUUCCCCAAAUUGGCCUGCGCCUGGUCGUCUUCGAUUGCGCUAACGUUACCUGGGCGGGGGCUAGGGAGGUUUUAUCGAGCAACGCCUAUAUCCCUCGCUCCCGCAAAUCCCUCUCGUCCCUCUCCGUGGUUGCGCAGGCUGUCUUGCCCAGCCAUAAUGGAGGUUCUACGACGAUGGUUGCGUCCUCGAUCACCCCUCCGCCUCCACCCCCGGUGUAUCCCAACGAGAUCAUUCAUCUCAAGUGCUUUUAUGGCUGGCAGAUGACCGUGGACGAGCACAACAAACGAGUCCUGCGCGGCGAUCUUGCCGCCGCAAGCCGACUCGAUCGGAAAUGGGCCGACUACAUGAUCGCCACCGAAGAAGCCGGGGUUGCCGGCGCGGGUGCCCGGCGUAGACGACGUCGCGCGCGUGAGGCCGAGAGAAUCUACAAUGCCGAUGACGAUGACGACGGUGCAUUUGGGGGCCUUGGUGGCCGACGCAGGCGAGCGCAAAGUGGAGGAUCCUGUGCGAUCAUGUGA